AUGGAAGAGAAAAGCAAGAUUUUAAUAAUUGGAGGGACAGGUUACAUAGGAAAAUACCUUGUGAAGGAAAGUGUAAAAUGUGGGCACUCAACUUUCAUUUUGGUUAGAGAAAGCACACUUGCAAAUCCUGAGAAAUCAAAACUCAUAGACACAUUCAAGAGUAUUGGUGUUACACUAAUUUAUGGAGAUUUAUCCAAUCAAGAAAGCCUGAUUAAGGCAAUUAAGCAAGUUGAUGUGGUGAUUUCCACUGUUGGGGGAGGGCAAUUUGCUGAUCAAGAGAACAUCAUCAAUGCAAUUAAAGAAGCUGGAAAUAUAAAGAGAUUUUUGCCUUCAGAAUUUGGAUUCGAUGUGGAUCAUGUUGAUGCAGUUGAGCCAGCAGCAUCACAUUUUGCUCUCAAGGCCAAAAUCAGGGGGAUGAUAAGGUCACAAGGAAUGAUUCCAUACACAUUUGUGAUCUCCAAUUGGUUUGCUGAUAUCUUCUUGCCUAACUUUGGUGACUUACAAGCCAAAACCCCUCCUAAGGACAAAGUGGUCAUUUUUGGUGAUGGAAACACCAAAGCAAUAUAUGUGAAGGAAGAAGACAUAGCCACAUACACUAUCAAAGCAAUAGAUGAUCCAAGAACUUUGAAUACAACUCUUCACAUAAGACCUCCUGCCAAUAUUUUGUCCUUCAAUGAGAUAGUGUCCUUGUGGGAGAAAAAAUUUGGCAAGACACUUGACAAGUUGUAUCUUCCAGAGGAAAAUAUUCCCCACAUGAUACAAGAGGAACCUGAUCUUCCAUCAAAAGUCAAUUUGGCCAUAUGCCAUUCAGUAUUUGUCAAAGGAGAUUCUACAAACUUUGAGGUUGAUCCUUCUAUAGGAGUUGAAGCCACAGAGCUUUACCCAGAAGUGAAAUACACUACUGUCAAUGACUACUACAAUAAAUUUGUCUAG